GCGGAGCUGAGGGGACGCGCACAGGAAAGGGCGGGGCUAUGAAUACUGAGUCCGUGCGCAGAUCUCGCGAGAGCGGUAGCGGAAGUACAGUUUGUUCAGGAUGCGGUUCCUGGUUGCGUUGGUCCUGCUGAGCGUCGUAGCGGCGGGCGCCGCGCUGCCCGUUUCUGCCCUGUCAGCCACCGAAAAACUGCUCAGUCGGGAGAAAGGAGAGAUUCCAGAAAAAGAUUCCAAUCAGCCCCCCUCGAGCCACCUGUCUGAAAAGGAUGUCCACACAUCUGCUCUGGAAACCCAAUCCAUCAAAGAGGAAUUUGCCUCGUUGAGUUUGAAUCGCCAGGUCACAGGAGACAGUUCAAGCAAGUCAAAUCAAGACCCCCAUUCCCCAAAAGACGAUUCUGGCAAGUCAAAUCAAGACCCCCAUUCCACGAAAGACGAUUCUGGCAAGUCGAAUCAGGACCCCCAGUCCACGAAAGACGAUUCUGGCAAGUCGACUCAGGACCCCCUGUCCACGAAAGACGAUUCUGGCAAGUCGACUCAGGACCCCCUGUCCACGAAAGACGAUUCUGGCAAGUCGACUCAGGACCCCCUGUCCAAGAAAGACGAUUCUGGCAAGUCGACUCAGGACCCCCUGUCCACGAAAGACGAUUCUGGCAAGUCAACUCAGGACCCCCUGUCCAAGAAAGACGAUUCUGGCAAGUCGAAUCAGGACCCCCAGUCCUCGAAGGACGAUUCUGGCAAGUCGAAUCAGGACCCCCAGUCCACAAAAGAUAAUUCUGGCAAAUCAGAUCAGCACCCCCAGUCCAGUCAUGACCCUAAGUCCACGAAAGAUAAUUCUGGCAAGUCGGAUCAGGAAUCCCAGUCCACGAAAGAUAAUUCUGGCAAGUCGGAUCAGGAAUCCCAGUCCACGAAAGAUAAUUCUGGCAAGUCGGAUCAGGAAUCCCAGUCCACGAAAGAUAAUUCUGGCAAGUCGGAACAGGACACCCAGUCCACGAAAGACAACUCCAACAAUCCUGUGUCCAACCCAUCCUCUAAUAACAAGCUUACCAACCCUGACUUAAGCAUACUAGCUGACAAAGGAGAGACCUCUCUGCAUGCUUCCAAAUCUGAAUCUGGGGAAAGAGUAUUACUGGACUCUGACUCCACUUCUCCCCCGCAGGAGGGAGAAGAUAAGUCUUCAAAACCUGCUAAAGAUGUGGAGCCAAAGGAGGCUGAGAAAGGUGAUACAGAAGGUUCUCCACCCAAAGAAGAGAAAGAAGGGACACUUUUGGAUUCCAUGAGCGGGAAGAAGGCUGACCUUUAUAAGGACAGCCUUGGAAGUGCGAGUGCAGAAAGCAGCCACUUCUUUGCAUACCUGGUGACUGCUGCCAUUCUCGUUGCUGUCCUCUAUAUUGCCUAUCACAACAAGCGGAAGAUUAUUGCUUUUGUCCUGGAAGGAAAAAAAUCCAAACUCCCUCGGCGGCCAAAGGCCAGUGACUACCAGCGUUUGGACCAGAAGAUUUGAUUUUUCUGUUUUUGAGAACCUUGUCCUCCCUGCUGAUUUGUUUCUAAAUCAAGAGAAAUGAAGAGAAAAGUACUGUGACCUAAGAGACACCCUCUCGGGUUUAUGACAAGUCCGGGCUGCCAGAGGCGGGGGUGUUGCUUUGGUUUUUGCACCUGCACUUUGGUGACCUUGUACUCCUGUGUUCCUGGUGUUUACGCUGGUGUCUCAUCCUUUCCCGCUCUAAGUGUGAGUAGAACCCAGCAUGUGGGAACCCAGCUUUGACCAAACGGAGACCCCAGUCCUAGGCAAGCUGCUGACCACCCUCCCUUGGACCUUGGCUCUGUAGUAAAGUCACCCCUUGAAAAUAGCAUUGCACUCGCCACUAUUUAUUUUUGCAAACCGAGGAGAAAACUGCAGGUUGAGGUGCUUUUCUUCCAAGGCAUCUUACUUUGGGGGGAUGUACCCUACAAAAGAUGUAGAAGGUGAAUGCUGAUGGGCAAAGGGCUACUUAGGACACAAUUUUCUUUAAAGGCUUCAGCAGCAAACCAAAACAGCAGCUUUAAAAAAAGUGCUUUACUGCCUACAAGUCCAACCUGUCUAGUAGAAGUUCUUUACGUUUUUCUGAUAUUUUCCUAUUACUUAAGACAAAGUGAAUCAACUUCCAUUUGGUUGUACUGAGUAUAAAACUGAAUGUGGGGAUUUUGGGAGUAAAGCUACUAUUCCCAUCACAGAUUAUUAAAAAUACAGUUAUGAUGAUUGAAACACUGUUCUCCACACUCACUGUCAUAACUGGGUAAGUUCAUGGCUUUAUGCAAGAAAACAUCUGGGAAGGUUUUGCUAUUGGUCUGCAUUUUUUUCGAACGGUAACUGAGGGUAAUGUUUUGAAUCACGCUGUUUGAAGUUUUAUUGAAAUCUGUUCUGGUCAUGCUAUUCUAUUAGAGAGAGCCUAAACAGAGUUGUUUCUGCAAAGAAAAAACAAAUAGAAUAACUGAUCUCAGGGAAAUACAAAGGGUGUGGGAAGUGAGGAGCAUGUGAUGGAUUCUGUGCUGUAAGAGAAGUAAGUCUAAAGAAGGGGCCGUCCUGUUUGUCAUAUUAUCUUCCACCUUGCUUAAAACAGCUCAUGGCUUGGAGAUUUUCAUUUUUGCAGGUAGCUAUUUGUGGAGAUAAAGAACGAAUGAAUGCUCUUGUUGGCAUCAUUUUCUCUACUUGUGCACCAGUCUUAUAAUACUGUCCUCCAAUCUGAGGAAUCUUUUAUCAGGCUCUUCUAGCAUUCCCUAUGACCAUGGUUAUUUUAUUCCCCUUCUGUCUUCCCUUUCCCUACCUUUCCUCCUCUAAUGCUUUCCAUUUCUGCCUAUUACGUAGCACCUUUCCUCCAACUUUACACUUGCCCAGAUUUACCCCACACCCAUUCAUCCUAUUUGUUAUUCAUUCUACUGUUCCACUUCUCCAGUAAGUAUUGUUUCCAUUACCUUAGCACUCUUUCUCUUCGUAACCCUUACAAACUCACAUUGGUUUUUGUGUCUCUACUAAAUGUUUAUCCAAAGGUUCAGAUCACCAAAUCCAAUGACUUGUUCUCAAAACGGAAUCUUGACCUUGAUAGAAUUGGACACUAUUGACCAUUCAAAUAGAAAUUCCCCUUUUGGUUUCCCUGAAGGCCGUCCAGGCAUCUAAGAACUCCUUUGCCUUAUCCUGUGCUGGUGAGGUUGAGGGCCCUCAAACACAGGUCUCCCUGUUCCUUUGUCUCCUCAGAAGUGCAUCCAUCCUUCCUUCAUCCUCUGAGUUAGUGACUCCCGGCUCUUAAUUCUUGGCCUGGUUCCCAAAGAGACCCAUCCUGCUGCAUGCUGAAUAUUUUGGCUUGGUUGUCCUAUUGCCAUAAAAACUGAAUUUCUCUCUUGUACCAAUUAAGCUGCCCCUUUCAACUGCCUAAUUUUUUUAAUCCUCUCCAAACUACCAAAUUUUACCAUUUUUACCUGUCACAGAAGUCCUAUCCAUUUUUUAAAAUAUCUCCAGCCACAAUCAUUCUUUCCAUUUCCCUUCUCCCUUGUCCCACACCCACCCAUUUCACCUCUCCUGGAUUUUAUUUUCUUUUUUCAGGAGCCACCUUAAUUGGUUCUUCUCCUGUCCAUCUUUUCUUGUGGCAUAAAGAGAUAGAUUGGUCUUUUUAAACUGCUCACCCUGAUGUGAAGCUUCUGUGUGUAUCUCGCAUGGCGUGGAGAAUCAAGUGUAUAGACUCUUUAGUAUUUGGGACUGCAGACGGCCACCUGCUGCCUUUCUCUGCGUCCUCGCCAGACCAGAGGCCCCUCUUGUUGGGUGCCCGUCUAGGCCUCUGGGGGUUUUUGUGCUUGCUGUGUCCUCCAUUCCCUGGCUUCCCACGGUUGUUCUUGGGUUAGAUGGCUUCUCUCUUCUCUUUCCCUUACUUCCCCAAAUCUGUUUCUUCACAGCCCAGCUCAAGUUUUCCCAAUGUACCUUCCUAACUCCCCCACUGUGAUUGGCUCUUUCCAUUCUACUUUAAUAGCUCUUAACAAUGCCAGUCAUGAAUUUUGGAACCUGAGCAAAACAGUGCAGUCAGUAUCUGAUGUCUCUGGUCUUCCCGAGAAACCCAGGCUACUUGUGGGAUGCCGUUGGUACUGUCUGCCUAGUGACACUCCUUAGGUACUUCAGUUCAAUUUCUUCUUGCAAAGGAGACAUUUUCUUUGUUCAGGACAUCUGGAUGUGACUUAACUGAGGUCUCACAUAGCUCUUUCUGGCUACUGGUUGCUGUCCAUUAUUGAUGGAUUUUGCUCAUAGAGAGGAGAGCGGAAAGAAAGGUUGGUUUUGGGAACCAAGAGGGUUGGCAUCAAGUGAACACAUAAGUAUUGUGAAAUCCACAUAGCUCCACAUUUGAGCCUUUGAGAAGUAUCGUUUCUUAUACUGAAGGGAUACAGAAUUUGUUUCACUUUGGAAAUUGCACUGAAGGAAAUCUCUCACACCAAAGGAAAGCUUGUCUUCUGGAUAGUUGUCAUUUUGAAGAUAGACUAUUUGAAGCAUGUUUUCCUAGAGCUUGGGUGGGAGGGUGAGCUGGCCGAGGCAUCUGAGCUGGCUGGGGGUGGGGUGGGGACAAGCAAUGAAGUAUGGGGAGCCAUGAGGCACCCCUCUCUAGAUAGCUGUGUGCUUCCGUUCCUGCCCCCAACUUUAGGAUGAAGGGUGAUUUCUAUUUGGAGGAAUCUAUGCUUCAGCCAUGGAUGUUAAUAGAGGAAGGAGCUUGUUUUCCUGCUAGGUUACUGAAAAUUAUUUAAAGAGUCCAUUUCUGGACUCUGGGGGAGUGGAAGGCUAAUCUGUCUUGAAAGGAUAAGACAACUUUGAAGGACCUGACAACUAGCUAGGCAUGUAUUUUGACAUUUCUUUUCCCAUGAUGGCUCUUAAUGAAAUAUUUGGUGAUGGAAUUCUAAACCUCUAAAAUUCUCACUUUCUUUUCCAUUUCCUGUCAUUUAAAUAAAAAAGGAAGCCUGUCCCCCGCUUUUACAGGGUAACUUGAUACAUAAUGCUGCAUGUGUGAUAAAAGUUUGAACAGGGAGGCGAGCGUGCUACACACCAGACCUUGUAGUUCUGCCGUCUGUUUUCUGAAAACUCUUGCUGGGAAUGUUGUGUUUGGCAUGGCCUUGCUUAAGUAAGGAUCCUGGGAGGAGAGUUUCAGGUUUAACUUAACUGUAUAUCCAUAGCCAAGACGGACUCUCAACUCUGCUAAUUCCACGUGUGAAUUUAUCCUAAAUAUCCCAGUUUAGAAACUCCUCUGUGAAGGGUUGAGUCUGAGCUAUGUAGUUUCAAGCUGCCAAUAGAGCCGCCUCCUCAUGCUGAUAGAUAUUCCUUUAAUUCAAAAGUCUAGGUGUUAAAUGAUUGUUGACAUUGUUUCCCUUCUUGUUUACCCAAUUAGUAGAUUGCCACUGUUUUGCAAUGUUUUAUAUUUUCAGCCUUUUGUAACUUUACUAAUUUUUUUAAAGCUUAUUUGGUCUUCUGAUAAGUAUUUUUCAGUACCUAAUGUUUUACUGAGUUUCUAUGAAUGCUGUCUUGAUGUAAUUUUGUAUUGUUGCACAGAAACCAAAAUAAAUUUCAAACAUUAAA